AUGUCGGAAAAUAAGACAAUUCCAAAUUAUAGAGCUCUUAUACCAACACUGCUUGAUGUAACUGCUUUAUUUGGCCAUGUAUGCAAAGAACUUUCAUACAAGCGCAAAGAGGCAAUUCGGCCCAUACUUCAUCCUGAUUUUAAACCGCUCUGUGCAAGGACUCACAAAGUGGGCCCUCUUUUGUUUGGGGAAGACCUAGCAAAAUGUGCUCAAGAUAUUCGAAGCUCUAGUCUUAAACCAGUUCAGCACCAGUCUCCUCCUAACUCUCUUCCUAAACAAGGAAGAAGCGAAAUCGAUGAAGCUAUUCAGGCAUUGAGAGAUAAAGGAGUAAUUAUUCCUAGUAAAUUUGAUUCUACUGAAUUUGUAUCACCUAUCUUUACCACUCCUAAAAAGGAUGGUGGUGUCCGCCUGAUUUUAAAUUUAAAGAAACUAAAUGAAUCGGUCGAAAACUUUCAUUUUAAGAUGGAAAAUAUCCACACUGAAAAUUUUACCAAUAUACAGCAUUUCCUAAUCUCCUCUUGCCCGAGGAAAUUUACUAAGCUACUUAAACCAGUUCUGGCCACAUUACGUGUAAAAGGUCACGUUGUCAUUAUAUACAUCGAUGAUUUACUCCUGGUAGGCUGUUCCUAUGAAAAGUGCCUUGACACAAUUAUACAAACCUUAAUUUUAUUAGAGAAGCUCGGGUUUGUCAUUCACCCAUUGAAAUCUGCAUUUAUUCCAGUACAAGAAAUAACUUUUCUUGGUUUUUUAAUAAAUUCACGAACAAUGACAAUUCAACUUACAAAUAGUAAAAAAGAAAAAUUGCUCUCCCUUAUUAAAGCAAUUCUAGCGCCCGCUAAAGUUCGGAUUAGAGAAGUGGCUCAGGUAAUUGGUCAUAUAGUAUCAAGCCUUCCAGCAGUGGAAUUUGGACCGCUUUACUAUCGAAAGCUUGAGAAAGAUAAAACUUUAGCAUUAUCACAAAACAAAGGCAAUUUUGAAUCGUUUAUGAUUAUUUCCGAUGAAUCCAAAGCAGAGUUGAAAUGGUGGCUAAAAAAUUUAAAGGACUCUUUUAAAUACAUUCUAUCUAUACCAGUUGACAUCGUCCUCUAUUCAGAUGCAUCUCUGACUGGUUGGGGGGCCGCCCUAGGGAAAGAGUACACUGGAGGAAACUGGUGCAAACAUGAAACUGAAUAUCACAUCAAUAUUCUAGAAAUGAAAGCCGUACUAUUUGCGCUAAAAUCGUUUCUUUCUAAUCUAAAAAUAAACAUGUUAAAAUGA